GUUCGUCGUGUCCAUCCCCAUCCUCUCUUCGACAGCUCUACGAGCAGGAGAAGGGAAAGGGCAUCGUCUGGGGGCCAUUCGCUGUUAGCUCGCAGCUUCUUCAAUCUUUCAUACCGUUCUCAUUUGGGUGACAGAAGAAGCAACCACACGCGAUCGCUUGCCUUCGAUCGACGCUCAUUGAGUUUUUGCGAGCGUACCUUUAUACCUGCCUCGGCCCUUGCAGCAACACGUGGCGUUGAACAGGAAGAGGAGAGAAAGGUAAAACAGCGGACUCUCGCAACCAUGUCCUCCCAAACGGCCACACCGCCAACAUAUUCGAGCCCAGUCCCGCCGCCGCCACCUCCAUCGGGCGCAGAGGCUCUGCUGCACCCAUCCUCUCCGUCCCCUUUCCUGGACGAGAAACGCCACCCCGGCGAGGCGCACCUACACAACCCGCACACUCCAUCAUCAGAAGGCGCAAAUGCGCAGUAUGGCUUCUUCACCCCCGUCGUUAGCGCCAUUGCGCGGAUUCACUCGUUGCGAAAAGAGCUCGGCUUGCCGAAUCCAGGGACAGUCGAGCAUCUGCAGCGGGAAGUUAAGGCAACUCACUUGACCAACCAUUUCUUUGACGGCGCACGGGCAGACCUGACUAAGGUCUUCUCCACCAACCCAGUCUUCCAAGUAACGCACGCGUUCUCAUUCCCUAUCGCACCCAACCCCGCGGGGUACAACUUCGGCGCCGUCGUUGGCGACGAGCGGCAUUUCCUGCAGGGCGGCGUCGAUGACUCGGGGGCAGUCACCAUGCGUUUCAACCGCGGCUGGGGGGCUGGCCACACCUCCAAAGCGCAGGCGCAGCUCGUCCGUGGACCCGGCUCAUUCGUGCAGCUUGAGCACGACUACCAGGGCAGCGACCACAGUGCCAAUGUCAAGGCGCUCAACCCCGGCCUGACGGACGGCACGGGUAUCUUCAUGGUAAACUACAUCCAGUCGCUCACCCGCAACUUUGCCCUCGGCAUCGAGACCGUCGUCCAGCGCCCCAGCCCAGAGGUGGAGGAGGCCAGCACCGGCUACCACGCGAAGUAUGUCUCCAACAAUCACGAUUGGAUCGCCACGGCGAGCAUGCAAGGCGUGGGUAUCUUGCAGGCGACCUACUGGCAGAAGCUCGCCGAGCGCAUCGACGUUGCGGCCGACCUCAUCCUCGUCGCCGUCGGCCAGAAGCGCGAAGCGACCGCCACUCUGGGCGCCAAGUGGGACUUUAGGAUGAGCACCCUCCGGGGGCAGAUCGAUAGCACUGGCAAGAUCAGCUCGCUAUUUGAGCAGCGUCUCGCGCCCACCUUUUCCUUUACCGUCGGCGGCGAGAUUGACCACCUCAAAUCGACAUCUCGCUUCGGUGUCGGAUUCAACAUCGAGAGCGGCGGAGAAGGGAUGGAUCCGACGCAGCCGCCACCUGCGCCGCCGUCGCUGCCGUUGUGAAAGUCGACAGUGAAAUGUGUCGCGUGGAGCUUCGUAUUUGCAACAAGGAGUUAAUCGCCAACAGCAUGUACUAGACGCACGCAGGCAGACAGACAAGUAGGCAGGCAGGCAUCGACAGGGCACCGACACGCACUUCUCCCCAUUUGCACACGCACCUAAGGACCGCCACCGCCACCAUCACCCAUGCGCACCAUCCAACUAUCCCCCUUUCAUUCAUCACAAAGCAAAAUCCUGAUCUCCCUGAACCUCUGCCUGCAAGCAGAACAGAAAAUGAAGCUCCUGUAGCUCAGUUCGCGCAUGCUCACACAACGUCCUGUAUGACCACCCAUCCAUCUGCUUUCUCUCCUCAAUAGAGCCAGUCCGCCACUUUCUCGCUUCUUGCGUUGGCACGUGCCUUAAGCCUCCCAAUGUGGG